GCUGCUUGCUUGCGACCUGACCUGACCUGCCCUAACCUCUGUUUUGAGCGACCGCAUAUCUACCGAACCCGUGCCCUCAACCCCCACGCGACCAUCAUUUUCCUUUCUUUCUUUUCUUUUUUUCUUUUUGGGCCUUGCGUGUUAGGUAUCCCUCCCCCCUACCCAGUUCUUUCUGAUCUACCCGCCCGGACGAUCUAUAUUAAUAAAUCUCAUCAUCUUCUUCGCACUACGGAUCGGUCUAUUAGAUCCCGAGACCAAAGGAGAAUAUCACGGGUCCCCUUUGAGCGAGUAUGCUCGCAGGAAAGGAAAGAGAGAGCGGGAGUAGUUACGAUGGGAAUGGAUGGAUGGAUGUAUGGAUGCCGCGGAAGAAGGGCCCGUUCCCGAGUCCCUGGGUUACACUACACCCUCGGAAUGAGAUUUUAUCCAGAUAUUUAUCCUACACACACGUUGAUGCGCUUUUGGGAGGCAUUUGCUUUGCUGUUCAGUCCUACAUCCUUCCCUUCCUCUCUCCCUCCCUCUCUCUCUGAUGUAAUCAGAGUCAAGUUUUCUCUUCACUAUC